UUUUGUUGUAGACCACGGCUGUGGGUUUUCUGCUUAUUGGCCCUAAUGUAGGUUUCCUGCUCUUUGGGCUUUGUGUAAGUCAUGUAUAAAAAUACACAGGAAGUGUUUAUCAGAUUGUAUGAGCCAUAUGUGGUACCAUCCACCUGUCACUAAACCUGAGGAACAAUUCUGUUCAUUAAAGUCGGGCAAUGGAAGAUUUUCAAAUUGAAAUUCCAGAAUUUGAAGUUCCAGAAGGGGAUUUUUGUGAUGUGGAGAUGGAAAUGGAUUAUGAAUUAGAAAUGGAGGAUGAUAAUGUGGAGGUCAAAGAAGAUGAAGACUCUGAGACUAAAAGACGAUCUCGACCAAAAGCUGCAAAUCCAAAACACCAAAUCCAGCAAAAUCGCCAAAUGCAGCAUAAACACCAAGGUCCUCGCAGAGUCCAAGUAAAAGUGAAAGACUACUUACGCUGUUCAGUGUUCACCAUCACCUUCUGCAACUGCCUGUUUCUGGGAACAGCUGCAUUGAAAUGCUCCCUAAAGGCAAUGAAUAUGAAGUAUAGGAGAGAUGUCAAAGGAGCAAAGAAAUUCGGCCGCUGUGCUCUUGCUGCCAAUAUUUGUGCCAUCAUUACAACCAUCAUCACCAUAAUUGUUGUUGCUGUUGUCACUGCAAAUGUUAAGAAUGGAUCUGGUAAUAAUAACCAUAUAUGUUAUGUCAUUUAAAUUUUCAGAUUCAGUCAUUACAAUGAAACAUCAAUAGCAAAACUUGCAGCUCUGGCUUUAUGAAUGACUAUAUGAUGCAAUCUACAUUUGUCUUCAUUAGUUUUGCAUAAAAUGUAUUAUUUUCUUGUCAUUGUGUGCUGCUU